GAGGAGGCAGCAGCAGGGUGAGGGUGGAUCCUCCAAUGUGUUCUCCAUGUUUGAGCAGAGCCAGAUCCAGGAGUACAAGGAGGCUUUCACAAUCAUUGACCAGAACAGAGAUGGCAUCAUCAGCAAGGAUGAUCUCAGGGACGUUCUGGCCACCAUGGGCCAACUGAAUGUGAAGAAUGAGGAGCUGGAGGCCAUGGUGAAGGAGGCCAGCGGCCCCAUCAACUUCACCGUCUUCCUGACCAUGUUCGGCGAGAAGCUGAAGGGUGCUGACCCCGAGGACGUUAUUGUGAGCGCUUUCAAGGUCCUGGACCCCGAGGCCACUGGCUCUAUCAAGAAGGAAUUCCUUGAGGAGCUCCUGACCACCCAGUGCGACAGAUUCACCGCCGAGGAGAUGACCAACCUGUGGGCUGCUUUCCCCCCUGAUGUGGCUGGCAAUGUGGACUACAAGAACAUCUGCUACGUCAUCACACACGGAGAAGAGAAGGAGGAGUAA